AACUCUCUUUCUCUGUACAUGUUCUUAUCAAGAUCAACACGCUUCCUAAUUCCUACCAACUCUGCUUUCUCCUCCUUCUUCUUUUUGAUUCACUCAGAUCUGCCUUCAAUUCUCUCUAAAACCGUCAUUGCCUUCUGGUUUUUCGGAUUCUGAUCCUAUUUGAUGUUCAUUUCCUUAGACUGAUUUUUGUUAAUACAGAGAAAUAAAGGCAUUUCGAUAAGCAAUCAUGGCUACAGCCAAGACGGCUCGCUCCAGGGGGACGCCGGUGAAGGAGAACGGCGUCGUCAAAAUUGAGGAGGGUCUCAAUGUGUUCAAGUCUGAUAAGUUCGAUGCAGAUUCUUUUGUACAGUCCAAGUGCUCUCUCAACGAGAAGGAAAUAAGGCAGCUAUGUUCGUCUCUUUCGGAUUUGAAGAAAGCUUCGGCUGAAGAGAUGCGUAGAAGUGUAUACGCAAAUUAUACAGCCUUCAUACGCACAUCAAAAGAGAUAUCAGAUCUAGAAGGGGAACUUUUUUCCAUCAGAAACCUGUUAUCUACUCAGGCCACUUUGAUUCAUGGUCUAGCGGAGGGAGUUCACCUAGAUUCAUUUUCUGUGAAAGUUUCUGAAGGCUCUACUACAAAUAGUUUAGUAAGUUUUGAAGAUAGAGAACUUUCAGAUCUGGAGAAGUGGUCAAUUGAGUUUCCUGAUCUCCUUGAUAUUUUGUUAGCUGAGAAGAGGGUGGAUGAAGCUCUUGCUACCCUUGAUGAAGGAGAACGUGUGGCUUCUGUAGGGAAGGAAAUGAAAACAAUAAGCUCUUCUGUGCUUAAGUUUUUAGAGACUGCUAUAGUGGAACGCCGGCAAAGGUUAGCUGAUCAGCUUGCUGAAGCUGCUUGUCAACCUUCUACUCGUGGUGUUGAACUUCGUGCUGCUAUAUCUGCUCUUAAAAAGCUUGGAGAUGGUCCUCGUGCUCAUAAUUUGCUUCUCAAUGCACAUCUCCAAAGAUAUCAGUAUAACAUGCAAAGCCUUCGUCCAUCAAGCACCUCAUAUGGAGGAGCAUAUACAGCUGCCCUCUCGCAGCUUGUUUUCUCUGCAAUUGCUCAAGCUGCCAGUGAUGCAUUAGCUAUUUUUGGUAAUGAGCCAGCUUUUACUUCUGAGCUUGUGAUGUGGGCUACAAGGCAAACUGAAGAUUUUGCCCUUCUUGUUAAAAGACAUGCAUUAGCCUCUUCAGCGGCUGCUGGAGGUUUAAGAGCUGCAGCAGAGUGUGUACAGAUAGCUUUAGGUCAUUGUUCUUUGUUGGAAGCUCGUGGAUUGACGCUAUGUCCUGUGCUCUUGAAACUCUUCAGGCCUAGCGUUGAACAAGCGCUUGAUGCCAAUCUUAAACGUAUUGAGGAGAGCACCGCUGCUUUGGCUGCUGCUGAUGAUUGGGUACUCACUUACCCUCCUGCUGUAAGUCGCCACGGUGGGAGGUCUUUGGGUACAACUACUGGUAGUGCAACAGCAUUUCAACAUAAACUUACAAGCAGUGCUCAUCGAUUCAAUCUGAUGGUCCAGGACUUCUUUGAGGAUGUAGGGCCACUUUUAAGCAUGCAGUUGGGAGGUCAAACUUUGGAAGGUUUGUUCCAAGUGUUUAACUCAUAUGUCAACUUGCUCAUAAAAGCAUUACCAGGCUCUAUGGAAGAAGAAGCAAAUUUUGAAGGUUCUAGAAAUAAAAUUGUGCGGAUGGCUGAGUUUGAAGCGCAACAGAUUGCAUUACUGGCAAAUGCAUCUUUGUUAGCAGAUGAACUACUACCACGUGCAGCCAUGAAGCUCUCUCCUGUAAAUCAGGCUAACUACAAGGAUGACCUCCGUAGAAGGCCUCUAGAUAGGCAAAACCGUCAUCCUGAGCAACGAGAAUGGAGGCGGCGGCUUGUGAGCUCUGUUGACCGAUUAAAAGAUACAUUUUGUCGACAGCAUGCCCUAGAUCUCAUUUUUACUGAAGACGGUGAUAGCCAUCUUACGGCAGAUAUGUAUAUCAACUUGGACGGUAAUGGUGAUGAGUUGGAAGGGCUUCCGUCUCCAAUAUUUCAGGAACUUUAUAUGAAACUGCACAGGAUGGCCUCUAUAGCAGCUGAGAUGUUCAUAGGAAGAGAAAGAUUCGCCACAUUGCUAUUGAUGAGGCUUACAGAAACCGUCAUCCUAUGGCUUUCGGAGGAUCAAAGCUUUUGGGAUGAUAUUGAGGAAGGGCCAAAGCCUUUAGGGCCCUUGGGUCUACAACAGUUCUACUUGGAUAUGAAGUUCGUCAUGUGCUUUGCUUCGCAAGGUCGCUACUUAUCAAGAAAUUUGCAGAGAGUUGUGAAUGAGAUCAUUUCUAAAGCCAUGGAAGCAUUUGCAGCUACAGGGAUGGAUCCAAAUAGUGUAUUGCCAGAAGAUGAUUGGUUUAAUGAAAUUUGUCAAGAAGCAAUGGAAAGACUGGGCGGGAAGAAAGCUAUAAAUGGGGAUCGGGACCUUAACAGCCCGACUGCCUCCGUCUCAGCACAAUCAGUUUCAUCCGUCAGAUCUCUUGGAAGUUCCUAACCAAUAUUUUCUUCUCUUUGUAGACUAAGACAGCGAACAGACACAUGACUCUGCUACCAGGUUCUUGUAUUCAUGUUAGAGUUCCCCAACCGUUCUCUUUUUCUUUUGUUUUACUAUUGGGUUGGAAUUGCUGCUUCCUUUUUUCCGAUUGUAUUUUAGUGCUUUACCCAUUUUUUCAAUGGAGGUCAGAAGUCAACUGCAAAUACUUUGAUUCUGUAAAUGUUGAUUGCUUUAUUUGAUCCUGAAUAGAAUGUGUAUUAUUCUUUGACAAACUUGAGCGGAGUUCUUCGUUCUUCUAUAUGCACUAUCGGUGAUUGAUCGUGAAA